AUGAGGGCCUGGCAUCAGGCACCCUGCAAGUCUCCGUGUGGCCCAUGGCGAGUCACAUCUCGAGGCCAGCCACGUUUCAGAGGACUGAGGGCCCAAGACAGAUCGCGGAUGGCCUUUCCACUGGCCCUGGCUGCGGUCUCCGUCUCGCGAGGUUCGCAGCAAGCUGAAGAGGCCUUCCGCUUCCUCGGCCCGCGCCUCGCAGCCGCCACGGAACCCGCGGCUGCAAAAGCCUUCCUCCAGGAGGCUGCAGCAGUGGUGGCCGAGAUGCUUGCGAGCGGGCCCAAGAAGCGACGGGUGUCGCUGGAUGGCUUGGUGGAUCUUCGCCAGCGCAACGAGAGCCACCCACGCACCUGGCGCAAGCGUGUGCAUCAGGCGUUGCUGAACCUGAGCCGGUUUCUGCUGGAUGACCUGCAGCGUUUGGAAGCCUUACCUGCAGCAGUCAAGGCUGGCAGUUUGCGGCACUUCGUGGAGGAGGCCGUGGCGGAGAAGCGGCGGCUGCGGCGUCUGAGCCGGAGCUUUGGCAGCCUGCACGAGCAGGUUCUCCGAACCCGGAGUCCCAAUGCGGAGCUGGCGGCGGCAUAUCGCGACGCGGCGCUGGAGAACAUGCGAAAGAGGUGGAAUGUGGCCUUCCACGAGUGGUGCGCAGAGGCCAUCAUUUACUACUACCUCCUGGAUCGUAAGGUGCGCCAGCGGUGGGUUUACGGCUCUAGAGGGGACAGACCGCGCGAGACGGUCAUUUCCGGUGCGCUGCGCUUGGAACGUGGAUCGGACCGAUGUCUUCCACAGGGGCCUGCGGCAUGUCGCCAGCUUGCGGAGGAGCUUCCAGACAAGGUGAGGUUGCUGGAUGUCGGCAGCUGCGCUAACUACUUUGGCCGCCGCAGCGAGUUCGAGGUCACGGCCCUCGACUUGGCUCCAGCCGAGGAGAGCGUGCUAUCGUGCAACUGCUUGGAGCUGCGCAUAGGGCCCAGCGGCAGCAUGCCGGUCGUCAAGGAGGGCCUUCUACGGCAACUGCCUGCAGAGGGCUUCGACGUGGCGGUGCUGGCGCUGCUCCUCUCGUAUGUGCCGGAUCCUUUGAAUCGUGCACGCAUCGUGGCGAAGGUGCGCAAGCUGUUGCCUGCAAACAACAACGGGUUGCUCAUCAUCGCUGACACCGUGCCGGCCAUCGGCAGAUACGAGAGCAGCUCACGCCGCCCAUGCUGGAUCUCCAGUGUGGAGGCUGCGGGCUUCAGGCUGCUCCGCGAUCCGCAGAUGCACUUUGCGAAGCUGAGGGAUAGGACCGGCGUGGUGAAUCGCGCCGCCUGCUUCUCCUUCUGCACGGCAGCACGAGGCGAUGUGCUGCGCCCCCUGCGGUUGGUGCACGAAGAGAAGGCCUCGCGGUCCGACUUCCAAGCACAAGCUGGGGUCGGGGUUGGCACCUUCUAUGAGAUCUUGGGCAUUGGCAAGGAUGCGUCCUUCGAAGAAGUUCGGAAAGCUUAUUUGAGAGCAGCACUUCGAUGGCAUCCUGACAAAAACCCGCAAGACAAAGAUGUUGCGGAAUCUAAGUUCAAGCGCGUGGCACAAGCCUACAAGGUCCUGGGGAACUCGCUGCUGCGCUCUCAGUAUAACGCCUCAGGAGAAGCGGGGCUUGCCAAAGACUGGUGGCCCGACGAUCCGGAGGCCAGUAGGGACAUGGCGUACCAGUUCUUUAUUCAUCGCGUGCCUGGGCGCUCUGUGGCCGAUGGAUUCAGCGAGGCCAAGCUUCGCGAGAUCUUCCCACAUCUCUUCGGACACGGACCUGCGAGCCAAGCAGUUAAUGAGCAAUCCCAUAGAAAUAGCCGUUUAUGA